AUGGUCAUGGGUACAUUCAGCCAGGGCGUGGCGCUCCACAACAGCUCAGGAACGGGCUCAGGGCCAACAGGACUCCCACACUCGUCCCACCACCGUUCCUCCCUCAAGGCACCCAGCCAAGUCCGCUGGCCCGUGAACCUCAACCAGCUCGCUGCUCUCUCGCUCGAGGACGACUCCGACCUGGACAGGUCUUUCACCGACGCUUCCAACGACGACAUAGGAUCCGUCAAGCUGUUGCAGAUGCUGAAGGACAGCGAUGACGAGUCCACCUCUCCGGUACCUGCUCAGUCAAAGCUACGAAGGCCGAGGUCAACAUAUUCAAGCUUGCAAGGGACACAGCGAAAGCUUCAGCAAAGUGCCAACAACUCUAUUACGCGUUCCUCUUCUUUACGCGAUGUUGAGGGAGCUCGGGUUGGCAGCGGCAACACCAGUAUACCCAAACCACAAAGAAUCAGAUCUGACUAUAAAGGGACGAAUACCGCGUCUGGAGGGAUAGCACGGCCGAUAGGACUUCGACACCAUCAAUCAGACAUGUCGCUGAUGGCCACAAAGAGGCGACAGGCCAACAGCAAUAAUAGCCCAGAGGAUAUGGAGCACAUCUUUUCAGAGGCCAAUGCGAUCGCACAAAGACUCGGUGGAUCUGGAUCACGAGCAGCCACUGAUACAAGCAGCGCGGGAGGUAUUCGCGGGCCGACAUUCAAAACUGGGGCACUUCCCGCACCCACAGCACGGGCAUCGGCUGGCGCAGACUCUCUGUCGUUGACACGCAAGUCCUCCGGAAUCCCCAGCCCAUUGUCAUCGUCUGGAGCACAAUCAACCAAUACGCUUGCACAGGCGAGGUCUCGACUCUCAGCUCCUUCCAGGGCAGCAGUCUCUAGCUCUACCUCGAGUCAUAAGCAGCGUUCAUCACAUCCUGGCAUUGCCAUUUCCAAGCAGGAUCUGAGAGAGAGAGAAACGACAUCACUGCCGCGAUUUAUCGCAUCUCCAUGCUCUGCACAAUCCGCACCUGCAACAACAAAGCAUGUACUGCUUCAGUCAUCAUUGUCACAGCCAUUGGCGUCCAGACACGCCACCACGGAUGGUCAAAUUGCCACAGCAAUGCUUCUCACACCACCAGCACUGGCUUCCUUACCCAAGGCUUCCAUAGACGUCGAGAGCAGCAGUACUAUCCGAGAGCUAACCGAGGAGCUUGAGCACUGGAAGGCAGAGGCUCAGGGAUAUAGGCAGGAACGUGUGGCGGUCGAGACUUGGAGAAAGCAGGUCUCGGACCUAGAACGGGAUCUCGAGACUGCACUGGACUCAUUGCAAUCUGCAGAGGCCAGGGUCAUUGAGACGACAGCUGUGCAGGCAGCAACUGGAUCGAAACUGACUGCAUAUGAGAAAAUCGUCGAGGAUCUGAAGACAAAUCUUGCAAACGCCAGGACUGCGAACGAAAAGGCACUAGAAGAAACAGCGGCUUCUCAGAAGCGAGAGUUGGCGGAAAUGGAGACUCGCAACAAAGAACUUGAAAUGAAGCUGACGCAGGCACAACAGGAAGUUGACCAGCUGGAACUUCAGGUCGUUCCUGCGGAGCUCCAGGACGUCCAUCAGGCACUCUUUUCUGCAACACAGGAACUCGACGAAGCGAAGCGCCACAUUGAGAAAUUGGGAGCUGAAUUAUGCGAAGAAAAGGUCAAGGUAGCGCGGGAGCAGGAGGACUCUGGUCAGCUAUUGGGCAAAAUCAGUCAGCUUCAGGACACCAUAGCGAAUCACCUCCGCGACAACAACGCCCUCAAGGAUGCAGUCAAAGAACAUGAAUCAUGUCAAGAGAACGCUGAGAUUGCGAGCCAGCAGCACAAACAGGAAGUUGGAGAUUUGAAGAAUGAGAUUCUGUCACAUCAACAGAGUCUGACACAGGAAAAGGAGCAGAGGGCUAGGCUUGAACAAGCGCUUCAGGAACAACAGUAUCAGUUGCACCAACUUCAGCAGCAGGUUCAGAUGCAGCAAACACAGCUCCUUCAGCAACAGACUGAGAUUGUCAAUUUACGCGCAUCCCUGGAGGUCGAGCAAAGGCAGGCAGUGCUGUUCCAGCAGCGACUUCAGGAGGAGCAGAGGCUCAAUAACCCUCAUUUUGGUCGGCGUGUCUCUAUGGACGGCGAACUUAAUGGCUCAUUCUUGAUGAUUGAGAACUCGAACAGUGCGGGUCCUAACACUGGGAUAAUGAACAUGGGUGCCGCCGAUGGCACUAUGGGUUCAAUGGGUGCAUCAACAGCACCAAUGAUGAUGCAUGGAGGACUACCAUCAUCUCAGACUCUUUCGACAUCUGGUUCAAACGUGAUGUCGCCGAUGAACCCUACUAUGAUGCCUUCGGGACUCCAAAAUAUCCGCAAUUUUGACGGCGCCUCACCAUCAAUUUUGACGAACAACCAGCUCAACAUGAGCGCAACACAGGCAGCAGCAGCCUUGCCUCCAACUGCAGGUCCUCUUUCGACGUCUACAGGCGGCAUGGUCGUAUCAGCAGCACUGACCGGUAUCAUGGAUACCGAACCCAGGCCCACGAUGAAUCACCGCGGCAGUGCUGGUUCGAUUUCAGGCAUUUUAUCAACAGGAAGCCCAAACAACAACCGAUCAUCAAUCCAUGGCGACCCUUUACCUUCUUCAGCCGGCGCUACGCAGUCGGUCGAGGAACUGACGGCUCAACUGCAGAGCCUACUAAAGGAGAAGGAGAGGCUCCAAGCGGAUCUGAGCAAGAUUCCAAUCUCGGGCGGUGGACCUAUGACAAGAAGAAAGGCCGAGAUGCUGGAGGAACAAAUGGACGAAACCGAGCGGGCUAUUAGCAAGAUUAGAUACAACAUCCGCAUGCGAUCAUGA